CUUACUUCCUGAUAAAUAAAAUGUGAUCGUUAAUCUAACAUGACAUGUGUUAAAUUGGUUAUCAACAGUAUGCAGGGAACUGAUCCUUACAUUUGUCAACAAAGCAGUUUUUAUUUUGUCUGAGAUGUAUUGGUAACCUGUUUUAAAAUCGAAUAAAUGGAAUGUUGCUAUUUUAAAAAUUAAUAGAAAUGUGUUUUCUGCUUGUAGCCUUUUACGGAUGUUUCUGCAUGGUCAAAGGGGAAGGUGAGAAGAUAACUGUCGUAUUGAAAUGUUUUAUCUAAUGCAAUAUUUACACUUAUCUCAGCGAUUUUGUGUGUGAAUAAUGAAUUAUUUUUUUAAUGAAUUUUUUUUUCUUAAAAUGCAUCCAUGUGAUAAACUCAAUGUAAUGAUAAAAAUGAAAGUAACAAAAAACAAAGAUUUUAUAAUGUGAUUUUCUGACAAAAUACCAAAUUAUUUGAAAGCAAAUAUUUAAAAAAAAUCAAUCAAGUGUAAGUCUUCCAAAUCAAAUUUAUCAUUGAAAGAUGUUCUAAAGGAAGUUUAUUCUAAAUGUAUUUUGCUUUUUGAAAUUAUUCUUUAAUAUUUUAAUGGUAAAAUUCAAUUGUAACAAAUAAUGCAAAUGAAAACUUUGUAAAAAAAAAAAAUGCGUUGUCUUUGAUUUUGAUAUUUACAUAUUUCUUUUUUGUUCCUAAUUUUUGUUAAAUAAUUUUUUGGUAUACUAAUUUUAAUUCAAACACACUUACGUGCAAAAUAAUUUUCGUUCAAGCAACUUUACUUAGUACAAUUGUGCUGACAAACAAUAAUUGAUUCCAUAUGAUUUCAAGAUAAGACGACGUGUAUGCGUUCAUAUUGUUGCUUUAAUUCAAAGUCAUGUUUUUGCUAAACAGAUUUCAAAAGCGAAGAUGCUGCCAUUUACAUCAAACCUCUGUUACUAACAUUGGCUAUUGUUAUGUUUGGUGUUAUCCUUACAUUCGCGGUUUGCCUCUAUACAUACCGAGGUAAUUAAUUACAACUCAUAUUAUAUGGAAUAUCAACCAUUUCAUCGUAUAUGAACAUGGAAUUCUCUGUAUUCAGACUUAUUUUUUUCUUUAAAGUAACAAUUAACUAAUAACCAUUUAUUAGCUUGUUUUUACUUAUUGUUUGUUGUUGAAUUUUAAACGUCAUUUUGGACCUACUCAAUUAAGUCCAAUCGAGACUAAUAGCUUUACACUCAUCAACACAAGAUAACAACAAAUGAAAACUUUAAUGUUCAGUAGGUCAUCAGUAACCUCCAUUGACCGAAAAAAACACCUCUACAUCUCGUCGCAAUUUUGACCCACUUCCUGAUCUCAGAUUGAGCUGGAACUUUGCAAACUCCCCCACCCAGGAUGAGCAUAAAAUUAUUCAUUAUAAGUAGUUUACAAUAUACCUCCAAUCACCCUUGUGUGACCUUCUGCAGAUAUCCGACAACCGGGGAGUGUUUGUAUUUAAUGGGAACCACACACGUUAUAGGUCAUAAAUUUCAAUGCAUGUCUUGAUCUCCUGCACCAUCUUGCAAGGCAAUCAAAUUUACAAAAUUAAAAUUCAAAAAUAAAAAUAAAAAACUUUUAAGACUUUUAAGCCUACACGCCUUUUCUACAAAUUACUAAACGUAUAAAUGUAAUGUCCUCGAAAACUUCAGAGAUCUUACAAUCAUAUGACUAAAAACAGUUUUGGACACGCAUGAAAUAUCUUAUGACCUUAGAUAUAGUUUUGGACACAUGUAUAUGAUUACACUGCUGAAAGGAAGUGUUGAGUGACAUACAUGUUAUGAUAAGUAUUAUUUACUUAAUCAUUUAAAAAAUGAACUCUCCCAAAUGCCUUGCAUUACUGUUUUAUGCUCACAUCAACGGUGAUCUUGGCAAGUGGUGUAAAAUGAACAUAAACUGCUGCUUGAACGUCUUUGCGAAAUGCAAAGAACGUUGACUUUAUGGAAGCCACAUGAUUUUUUGUUAGUCAUGAGACUGUAACAAUUCUGUAGUUUUGAGUGGAAUAUGAUAUGGACUCUUUAUAAAUGUUUAGAAAAAGAAUAUGUUUAAAUCUCUUUUUAAAUUCUAUUUUUUUCAGGUUAGAAUCAGGUCUAUUCAAUAAGUUCGUUUUAUGAUUAAAAUUAAACGACCCAAUUAUUUUUAGGGGUAUAGGGUAGAAAAUUUGAAAGACUGUAUUUUCAUCAGCAACAAGUCUAUGUGCCAAGUUUCAGUUCGUUAGGAUGAUGGAAAGUGGGUCCAUUAGCCGUCCGAAGAUUUUACACAAAUGUGAACAAAAUCGACGUUAAUAUAAAGGAAUAUAAAAAAAAACAUCUAAUUCGUUACAGUGUGAAAAUAACGUAUAUGUAAAUUUGUUAUAAAAAUAAGCAGGCAUUAUGUUGAAAACGUGUUGUUUAAUUCAUCAGAUGCUGCGACUGAAUGCUGGCGACGUUGUAUACGGUAACUUCAAAUGUUUUAACAUUUUAAAAUUAUAUCGUUAAUACAUUUGUGUUAUAAAGAUUAUAUAGCGUUUCAUAAGUUUAGUCUUGAAUAAACAUACAGAAAUUGAACCGUAAAACUGUAUUGUAAAGGCACAAUUUCAAUCAAGGUUGUUAGGUGUACGUGUCGAAUAAAGAAACAAAAAUAAGUUGGCCUUUUAUUUAAUGUAUAUACGAUAAAAAUACCUAAAAUAUUUGAAAACAUGCAAAAUAUUUAACAAACUUUAAAACAAUGUUGAUAUUUUACUUACAGCUAAACUUCAUAAGUCUGCAACAACAAAAUAUCAGAAUAUUUUCUAAAGUUUGUUUCCCUUUAUAUUGUAAUCACUUAUUUCAACAGAUGUAUGUGUUGUGACUACAAGAGGAGACCCGUUUAUUUCAAUGGUUUGGACAAAAAAAAAAAAAAAAAUAUUUUAAUUUAAGCUUUUAUUUUAAUAACAUGUAUACAUUUUACUUUAAGAAUCUACUUUUUUAAGUUAAGAUUUCAGACGAAUGUAAAAUACCUUUUUUGAAAAAAAACAAAUACAUUUUAUUUCUUUUUAGAGGGCCUCUUGCAACCAAUACGAUGUAGUCCAAUGCCGAGAAUAUCACCAUUUACUCAUCUCGGCAGAGUGUCGUAUGUGGAUGAAGCAAUGUUUUAUUAAAAUUUUAAAACAUAAAGUAACUAUCAUGUUUAUUUAUAUGCAUUCGUAUCCUAAAAGACAACUGCCCCUUACUUCACAUGUUAUCCAGUCACCAUCCAAAAUACACACGGUUUUCUCGUCCCAAUCUCUUUUCACAUUCACAUCCAAUCAAAGUUACCUCUACCAAUUCACUCCUUCUCUUAUCAUCGAUAUCAGAUCAUCAUCUGUCCCUUCCAUCUCUACCAGUUCAUCAUCUCUUCCUAACAUGUCUGUCAACUAGACCUCACCGAAAUAACCAAUAACUCCAAAUUAUAAAUGAUUUUAUUUUUCCUAAUUGUCCAUCAUGGCAACGAAAAAAGGAGAAAAAUCUGCAAAAAAGUUCAGAAGUAAAUACAUAUAUGGUAACAAUAUAGUCUGUCAGGCAUAUUUUAAUACUGUUAAUUAAUUUGUAUUAUUUAAAAUACAUACAAACGUACCAAGUUUUGUUUUUAAUUAUAUGUAUUCAUUGUUUGCUAACGAAAAAUGAUCUUGUGAAUUACAUACGAAC